GUCCGAUUAACCAUGGCGGCCGGGAGUGAUUCAAGACAUCAGCUGUUGCAACGGUCACCUAGUCGAGCGCGACCCGUGCCUCAGAGAGGCCUGGAACCGCGUCGAAGUCUCAUCCACAGUGGAGAUAGAAAGUCGUCACGGGUGCCAGCUGUAAAACCACGGCCGUUUGGAGGGGAUAACAACUCUGGGGAUCGCAAUGCAUGCUGACAUCACUGCAGCCGAUCAUGCUGUUUGUCCUCGAAGACUGGGACCCGCCACCCAAUCCGGUUUGGUUCUCGGAUUACUCCGUCGAGAGCACUCGGAGCGGGCCGAUCACCGAAGGCCGCUGCUCGCAGCUGACCGAGGUUCGCUGCCCGUCCGGCGAUAGGUAUUCGCCCGCCCCACACGCUCUGAUUAGCUCCCAAUUCACGGAAGCGGGGUUGGCCUAUCAGGAAGCAGGGAGCUGCAACUCGCGGAGAAGCCGCCUGGGGCCUUGGCGUCGCCAAGUCUCGCGACCAAUCGCGUUGUGCCGUCGUCGACCUGUCCCACGGAACCCCAUGUCGAGCAGCACAGCCGCUGAUGGGAGAUUUCGGAGGAAAACCAUACAUAUAAGUAGCGCGGGUGGGUGCGGUGGGUGGGUGUAUCGACCUUGUCCCCGUGCUCCCUCCCACACCAUGGUCAAUCUCCGCCGCAUCGAAGACCGCCCGACGCCGGAGGCGGUGUACAACUGGAGGGUGUAUGUCAAUGCCAUUGUUGCUGCGUGGGGUGCUGUGGCCGGAUAUGAUUCUGCCUUCAUCGGGACGUCGAUCAGUCUGACGAGCUUCAAGUCCGAGUUUGGCAUGCUAGAAUUGUCCACGAACGAGCUCAACAUCAUCACCGGAAACAUCGUCUCUGUCUUCCAAGUCGGCGCAUUCUUUGGCGCCUUCGCUGGCUACGGCCUCGGGUAUUUCUUCGGACGCAAGCUGGGACUCGUCAUCGCCAGCGGUAUCUUCGUCGUCGGCGCCGCCCUGCAAUGCGCCGCGUCUUCCUCGACCGGUCUCGGCAUCAUGUACGCCGGCCGCGUCAUCGUCGGCGUCGGUGUCGGCAUUGCGUCCAACCUCGCCCCGAUCUACAUCGCUGAGAUUUCGCCCCCUGCGAUCCGUGGUCGGCUGAUUGGCCUUUACGAACUGUGUUGGCAGGCGGGUGGUGUGGUCGGGUUCUGGAUCAACUACGGUGUUACGCAGCACAUUCCGCCCAGUCGCAAGCAGUGGCUGAUCGCGUUCGCCGUUCAGCUCGUCCCCGGCGGCAUCCUCUUCCUCGGCGCCCUGUUUUUGGUGGAGUCCCCCCGGUGGCUCGCCAUCAAGGACCGCAGCGGCCAAGCACUGCGCAACUUGUGCAUUUUGCGCAACCUCCCUGCGGAUGCGCCGUACGUCGUCGAGGAGCUCGCGGAGAUCGAGGCCGGCAUCAUCCACGAGCGCAGUCUCGCCGGCGCUGGAUUUUUCGGGCCCAUGCUGUCGGUCUUCCGCAGCCCUGCGCUGACAUACCGGCUCUUCCUGGGAUGUUCCCUGUUUGUUUGGCAAAACGCUACAGGCAUCAAUGCCAUCAACUACUACUCACCGACGAUCUUCAAGUCCAUCGGCAUCACGGGCAGCAGCACGCCGCUGCUCACGACCGGCGUGUACGGCAUCAUCAAGCUCACCGGCGCGCUCGUCUGGCUGCUGUACCUCGUCGACAGCUUCGGGCGCCGCGCCGUCCUGCUCGUCGGCUCCGUCGGCGGCGCGAUUAGCAUGUUCUACAUCGGCGCGUACAUUGCGAUUGCCAAGCCCCAGGACCACGUCACCGCGACGAUCACGCCGGGCGGCCGCAGCGCGAUCGCGUUCUUCUACCUGUGGACCGUGUUCUACGGGCCGACGUGGAACGGCACCCCGUUCGUGUUUGGCGCGGAGAUCUUCCCGCAGCACCUCCGCACGUUCACGCAGGCGUGCAUCGCAGGCUGCCUGUGGCUCUGCGUCUUCCUCAUCACGCGCUUCACGCCGCAGAUGUUCCAGACGAUGGGCUACGGCGCGUAUCUCUUUUUUGCCUCGCUCAUGGUUCUCUCCAUCCCCUUUGUCGUCGGCCUCAUCCCCGAGACGAAGCAGAUCCCGCUCGAGCGCAUGGAGGAGCUGUUCGCACCGGAUCUCAAGCCCUGGCGCGCGCACAGCACCGUCAUUGCCCGUGUCCACGAAAGCCACGCCGCUCGAACUGGAGACGACGCAGCCUCGAUCGACGACGACAAGCCGACGGUGUUCCAGGAGGAGCACGCUUGAGGAGUGGAAUGGCAUCUAGACACGUAGAGACAUACGCCGACAUCCAUCAUAUGUAUUGUACGAUCAGAGCAUCAUCCAUCUGUAUUCGCUUUACGACCCCCUGAACCUACAAUCUGAACGCGUUUGAUGGGAUGGUGGUGGCGUCUG